AUGGACGAUCUGUUCACUAACGAUCUUGCAAACGAGGAAUCACCCGAAGAAAAAACCCCUGAGGAAAAAUCGUCCAUAGAAUAUGACGGCGAUUUUAAAGCCGAUUUCGGCGUUAUGGACAGUGAUGAGUCAUUUAUCGUAGAUGAUGACAAGAGUUUAUCCUCAGACGAAGAAGAUCGUGACGUUAAGUAUGAUGCGGAAGGUGAGGAUGAUUAUGAUUUCCUGUUUGGCGCACCUGAAGAGGAGCCAGAGGUAAAGGUUAAAAAGCGUGUAAAGGAACUAGAACGACUUCUUACAUCACGAGCAGGUGCUUAUGAAGAAUUUGAAGGAGCUGAAGAUGAGAUUAUACACACUCUCGAUGACUUGGUUUACCAGUAUGAACACCGUCAAGCUCUCGAGUCUGAAAUUCUCACACUCUUCUCUGGUCUCAUCAAACGUGAACAUAUAUCUCAUCAUAAUACUACUGAGACUGUUAAUAACCUUAACACUGAUAGAAAUACUUACAGAAAUAAUAGCACUCUUAACACUACUGCUAGUAAUAUGGAUAAUUCUGUGAUGAGUAAGAAGAUAAAUAAGAUGAUGAAAAGAAUAAUAAAGGAAACGUUUAAAGAUCGUGAACCUGAAGGUCGUUUUGGAAGAUUUGGUAAAAUGGCUUCAAGCUCAAAUUUACGUGAUUUAGACCACGAAAAGGAGAAUAUUGUAAUGACAAUAGAUUCAGAAGCACUUGAGAAUUUGCGGGACAUUAACACACUUUUACAUCGUGAAAGAGGUGGAGAUUAUGAGGAUUUGGAUGGCAUUUCACUUUACAAAUACCCACGCUGUGCCUCAGUAUACAUUUUCGCUCAAAAUUUUAUACUUUCCUCUGUUUCCCCACUCUGCUCAAUUCUUAGUAGAGGCUCCGCUAAUGAAGAAAUUGAAGUUGACUUGUUAGUAAAUGAAUUAGUCUACUUCUUUUAUCAAAUCACACAACCUCCAACUGAGAAUUGGUUCAACUACUGGCAUUCAGUGCAGGAUAUUUACAAGGAUAUUAACCGACAAUACACAACUAGUCAAAACUCGACAAUGAAUCCCAACAUUUUAAAAGAGUUAAAGUAUAGAAUUAGGAUCAUAGAUGACUAUGUUAACGGUUUAAGAGUUGUUAGAAGUGCAAUGGAGAACUCUGAAAUCUGGUCACUAAUCGGUGAAUUUAGACUUAAAUUGGAACAUUUUAAACAGAGUAACUAUAUCACGACUGAAGAUUUGAAUACUUUAAAUGGGUUAAAGCAAAGGCAAAAGGAGUUAUCAGAUGAACGUGAUUAUCUUGUACAGGACCAGGAAGACGGAAUAACACUGGUGAAUAAACUUAGAAAGGAUAAAUCUGUAGUAGCUGAAAAUAAAAAGAGGAUUAAAGACAUUAGAACAGAAUUGUAUGAAGUUACAAGUCAGAUAAAUGAGAUAAACAAGAAGGUGGAUGAUGCCAAAACAAAGUCAGAUCUCCACAUACAGACUGUUAGGAUUUUAAUAUCGCAAGUUUUAACCAUUAAUUCCAAUAUGCAAAUGUUACUAAUACUAAAUGAAGUUGGUUUAUUAACCAUAAUUAGGCAAGAAAUUUUGCAAUUAUUUCAUCAUACAACUAAAGCUAUUAUUCCAGUUCAAUACACCAGUGUUGAUGCUAACGGUGUUAAUAAUGUUAAUGGUGUGAAUGGCCUUACUACUAACACUAACGGUGUUAAUACCAGUAAUAAUGAUAAUGUAGAUGACUAUGAGUAUUAUCCGAGUUAUUUGACGGAAACUGAGCGGAGUAGUUUAUGGGAAUAUGUGAGAAUAGUUUACAAUAUCUUUACAGGAUUCAACAUUAACUACAAAAAUACUAUAGAAAGUUCUGUUCAAACUAAUACAUCUAACACUGUCAAUGGUACUAAUUUAGCUGGUAAGGAAAUGGAGAAUAAUAAACUGGAUAGUAAUGGAAUUCCUGUGAAUGAAUAUUUGAUAGAAAUGUACAGAAUGAACCCUAAGUUGUAUAAUAAAUACAAGUUAUAUAAUAAGUAUAAGUUGUAUAAUUACAGUGGUACAGGUCGGGAAAAGUAUAAUUACUACUACCUGUUCAGAUUUAACUCAUACUCACAAGCACAGAGAAAUACAUUAAAUUCCGGCACUGAGGAAGAAAUUGAGGCUGUCAGGACUGAAAUCGAGUUAAUAAUUGGGAAACCAAUGACGGGCCCAACUCUUAACUCAGGAACAAGUGAACAUAAAAUUGAGUACCAAUUAGUGUUACUAUUAUCAAUAUGUGCACAAGAUGUUAAUAGAGAUGUAAAGGAGUUUUAUUCAGAACCAUUUGACAGGUUAAUAGUACUAAACAUUAAGUCGUUAAUUUUAUUAUACUACUACAAUACAGUUGUAAAGGGUAUUAGUACACUAUUGAAUUUCAAUACUGUGUUGAAAUAUGUAAAUGAUGAAAAUCUUUUAAGAAGUAUGUUGUUGAAUUAUUUAAGUGAUUUGGUAAAGAAAUUCAACUACUUUAAUAAUUUAGUCACUGUUCAAGUGUUACAAAAUGCUCUUGUAGAACUGCUAUUCCUACUCAACACUGAUAAGUGUGGAUUAACCAGUGAUAAGUCUGGAACAAACAGUGAUAAUAUGACUAUAUCAGAGAUAAGGAAUAUAUUUGUAUAUUAUUUGAAGACUAAUGUUAGACAAUUGUUAUUUAGUGUUUUGAAGAAUUAUAAGCUGUGUUAUAAUUACAAACUAUUCAUAUUAUCAUUAAGAGUUUUAAUGGUUUUGGAGAAGUUUAUUUCAAAGUUCAACUCUGUUACCUUUACAACUUCUAAGGUUAGUAAUUUUGAUAAGGAUAUUGAUUUUGACGACUUUUCAGAUGAGUCUGAGUCUGAAAUGAGUUACUCAACUUCAGCCAAAAAUAACAUAACGGUUAACAAAAACAAUAUCUUCAAUAGCAAAAAUGUAAAUAAUACCCAGAAUGACAUUUUAAAAAAUGGUAAAAUAGUCUACAACUCACUGCUACUCCUAUUCAAACUACACAAUCUCUACACUAUUAAUAAUAGCAUGAACAAUAUGAAUAAUCAUAUUAACAAUUAUAGGAAUAAUUUAAAUAAUAUCAGUACUACUAGUAAUCAUGUGAAUAAUAAACUAAACACUUUUACCUCAAAUAGUACUACUAAUGCUGUUACUAAUAGUAGUGUAAAGAGUGGUUUGGAUGUACUAUUGUUAUAUUUAAGAAGAGUACCUGUAACAUAUUUUUAUGAUUUUAAGUAUUUCUUUUACUUCUACAACAUAAUGUAUAAUAGUGGCCAUUACAAUUCAAUGAUUGAGGGAUGCAUGGAUGGUUUUGGUGACGUUGGUGACACUGUAUGUAACUUUAUGAUGGAUGUUUUGGAACGAUUUUUCGACGACUGGCUUUUGCCCAGUAAUUGGAUGUUGUUAUUAGAGCUGUUUUAUACUAAAAAUGUACCAGUUAGCAAUAGACUAAAGUAUAAUAUAAACCAUAAAGCUUAUAUCCAGCCAUUGCUGGAAAAUAGUUAUAAAAAUGAUACAAUUCUAAAGAGUUUACUGAAGAGUGACGAUAACCUUGUUGACAUUAGUGAUAUUACAGCUGUGUUAGCAGAGACUACUAAUACUGUUACAACUUCAGGAUUAGACUCUGUUAUUCUAAAGUAUUAUCAGAGAUUUAAGUAUAUGGAGUAUGACAACUUGGUAAAUUACUUAUCAGAGUUGCUUAAUCUACCAAAGAGAGUUAUAAUACAACACAUUGACAAGUUUAAUGAAGAGGGUAUGACUCAGACAACUAAUGAAACUAGUCCCCUAGGAUUAACGUUAAGAAAUUUGAAAAACAAAUGUGGGAUGGAUCUAUUGAAUGAACUGUAUGAUAACAUUGUGGAUGCGUUUGAAAUGCAUAAAUUAUCUCUAAAGAGGAAAGUUGACGUGAUUGAGCCGAUGCUCCUGACAAAUGACGUGAAACAGGAUGAGAAUUACAGAAAUUUAGUACAAUCCUUUGGAAUAAAUGACGAAUUCAAGAUGACUGUCAAUGACAGAAACCAGACUCAAACUCUGUUAAACACUUUUAAACAGUUUCUAGAAGGUGAUCUUGAGGUCAAAGAUCCUGACACUAUGACUACUGAUGAUGUUGAACAGGAUGAAAUUGAUGUUUUCAAUGUCACGUCUAAAGACAUUAUUAAACUCCUACUACAAAUUAAACUGUCCCAUGUUGAAGGCGUGAGUUCAGCUGAUGGUAUACCCGGAGAUAAUACAAAUGUGACCGAUGGUCUGGACGGCGAUAAUGUGAAUAUGACGGAUAAUAUGACAGUUGAUCGUGUAACUAAUACCAACCCCAGUAGUGAUAAUUUGGAUAUUGAGGAAUUAUGUAAUAUUUGUAAUGAUGUGAUAAGUGAGAAUGUAGUACGAUAUUAUAAGAUCGAUAAUAAGGACCUGAUGCCACUAUAUAGGAAAUUAUUAUUGUAUUGUAAUGUUAAAAUUGACAAUAAUUUGUUGAAACUCAAUAAUAAGGAAAUUGGUCCUGAGAUUAUUAAAAACAGACUAAAUAUCAUCAAAUCAUUACAUAAACUCAGUAAUGAACAGUUGAUCAACAUUUCUAACAAGUUUAAUACUCAAACCAACACCACUCCUACCACCACUACUGACUUACCUAACAAUGAGGUGCCUAACAAUGACCAGUCACAAAAUAAUGAAGUAGAUCAUGAGAUUGAUGAAUUGUUUGAUGAUACUAAUACUGAAAGUACAUUAUCAAGCAGGAGUCUUGGUAAGAAGAAGAAAUUAAAAAGGAAAAAAACUACAGAAACUCAUACCGAUACAACCACUACUGUUCCCCAAGAUGAUACUAAUAUAACUAAUUUGCAGUCUAAAGAUGACAAUGACAGAACCACCACAAAAUCACAAAUUGACACUGGUGUGGAUGUUGAAGUAAGGGAUAAAAAGAAGAGAAGGGUUAGGAAACCGAAAACACCACUUAUAACCAGUGAAAUGGUCGGAACGAGGGUAUUGGACUCGAGUGUUUCAGUGCCUGAGGAGCUUAUUCAGAGUCUGACAAACCUCAAGAGGGUACCAGAGAUGAUAAUUAAACUUCAUGAACAAUCGCUAACCUUAGCCAAAAACAAACAACUCAUCAACAGUCUAAACCACGAUAAUUUCAAACAAAUCAUCUCAUCAAUAUAA